AUGGAGAUAACAAACGUGAUGGAGUAUGAGAAGAUAGCAAAGGAGAAAUUGCCAAAGAUGGUUUAUGAUUAUUAUGCAUCUGGUGCAGAGGAUCAGUGGACUCUUCAAGAGAAUCGUAACGCCUUCUCUAGGAUCUUAUUCAGGCCUCGGAUUCUUAUCGAUGUAAGCAAGAUUGACGUGAGCACUACGGUUUUAGGGUUUAACAUCUCUAUGCCAAUCAUGGUUGCUCCUACAGCUAUGCAGAAAAUGGCUCAUCCUGAUGGCGAGCUUGCAACCGCAAGAGCUACUUCUGCUGCUGGAACAAUCAUGACUUUAUCUUCAUGGGCUACUAGUAGUGUUGAGGAAGUUGCUUCUACAGGACCCGGGAUACGGUUUUUCCAGCUAUAUGUGUAUAAGGAUAGGAAUGUGGUUAGACAGCUUGUUAAAAGAGCUGAAAAAGCUGGAUUCAAAGCGAUUGCUUUAACUGUGGACACUCCUAGGCUUGGAAGAAGAGAAUCUGACAUCAAAAACAGAUUUGCGCUUCCUCGAGGUCUGACAUUGAAGAACUUCGAAGGGUUGGAUCUUGGGAAGAUAGACAAGACCAAUGACUCAGGGCUAGCUUCAUAUGUUGCUGGUCAAGUUGAUCAGUCACUUAGCUGGAAGGAUAUAACAUGGCUCCAAUCUAUUACAAGCUUGCCAAUUCUUGUCAAAGGUGUUAUCACAGCUGAGGAUGCAAGAAUUGCUGUUGAAUAUGGAGCUGCAGGGAUAAUAGUCUCUAACCACGGAGCACGUCAGCUGGAUUAUGUCCCUGCAACUAUAAUGGCCCUGGAAGAGGUAGUAAAAGCCGUGGAGGGUCGCAUACCGGUUUUUCUUGAUGGUGGGGUUCGCCGUGGAACCGAUGUCUUCAAGGCAUUGGCUCUUGGUGCUUCAGGUGUCUUUGUCGGGAGGCCGAGCUUGUUCUCGCUUGCAGCGCAUGGAGAAGCGGGAGUGAGGAAGAUGCUACAAAUGCUGAGAGACGAGUUUGAGCUUACAAUGGCACUAAGUGGCUGCCGUUCCCUGAGAGAGAUCAGCCGUAACCACAUCAAGACCGAUUGGGACACUCCUCAUUACCUCCCGGCCAAGCUCUAGGGAAUCUUAUCCACUUCUUUUUGAACUCAUCAAUCAAAAGAAAAGAGAGAAGGAUGUUUGAAUUUGUAAUCCAAUAAUGUAGUCACAUAUCCAACUUUAUAAUCGAUUUAUACUUCCAUUUAAGUAAAAGAAUUUGAUAUGAGAGAUUUUGUAGCUUUAGUUCAAUAAAGAUGGUAAGAAGAACUACAUAUAUGUAAGUUGAGGAACAGGCGUUUGAUAAUUGA